UCUAAAAGCAUAAAGUUUGCAAUUUUUUCAAUUUCAAUAAAAAGUUGUUUUUAAUGCAUUUUAUGCUGUUAUUAAGUAAAUGUUAAAUUUGUGAAAUGGGUAGAAAGAAAAAAGAAACAGCUGUAAAUAUAAAGAAGGAGUGAGUGACAAAGCGAAAGUAGAUGAAUCUAAAACCAUAAGAAAAGAAAAGAGUUAAUUAUAUAAAAUUUGAGCUACAACGAAACAUAUACGGUUAAUAAGCAUAAAUAAUUACUUAAUAAUAAUCCAGAAUCCCACUAGAAAUACACAAUAAUAGUAAUAAUGGAUCAUCAACAACAAAGUGAAGUCAGAAUAGUCAGUGCUCAAGUACUGGCUCAAUUACAGAAUGCUGGAUAUCAGGGAAGUGAAUUAAAUGCCGCGAUUAUGGCAAAUUCCCAGCCUCAAUCAGUAGUGCAGCAGAAUCAGGCACAAGCACAGGCUCAACAGAAUCAGAAUACAGUUCAACAGCCACAAGUUAUUACACUUCAACAAUUACAAAAUUUCCUCCCACAACAAGCGACGACAACGCAACAAAUUCAUCAAUUGAAUGCUAGCGAUGCAGCACAGUUACAGCAACAAGUUCAUGCAUUUCAACAAGCUCAAGCACAAGCCCAGGCACAAGCUCAAGCUGUCGCUAAUUCACCACAACAAAAUAAUCAACAAGCUCAGCAAAUUAAGACAAUUUUUACGUCUCCAAAUGGUCAACAGCAAGUCAUAAACCUCCCGCAGCAAUUUAUUCAAGUCAAAAACGAACAAAUGCCUCAACAAAUAAUCCAAUUAAAGCAACCUGACGGUUCCGUGACACAACAAAUCAUUCAAUUAAAGCCUAAUGAUAAUCAACAAAUGCAACAGCAACAAGCACAAACUCUUCAGCAAGUCCUACAAGGUGGACAAUUGAUUUCUGGACAUAAUGGAAUGUUUCAAAUCGUUCAGCCUGUCACAGUCGAUGGACAAGAAGCUUUAUUUAUACCGAAUCAAAUGGGAAAUCAACAAAUGCAACAAGCCUUUAUAACGCCGUCAGGACAAAUUGUACGUGGUCCACUAAUGUCUGCGCCCGGAAACUUCCUUCAUAAUAUGGCACAAACUGUCCAGUUACCGAAUGUUAAUAAUGGUGGACAAGCGACAUUAACAAUAUCGGGAACGAAUAUACAGAUUCCGUUGGGUCCAUCAGCAGCACAAAAUCAAGCACAGAAUCAAAAUCAGACGACGCAGCAGCAAAAUGCUCAAAAUUCCAAUUCUAGCGCUCAAAACACGUCGCAAUCGAACGUAAGUUCACAACAAAACACGUCAAGUUCGUCGCAAAAUCAAUCGAACACGCAACAAAAUCAAAAUAAUAGUAAUCAGCAGCAACAAGGUACUAUAUUUACUAUUCCAGGAACAAAUAAUACAAUCCAAAUACCUGCUAACUUUGCGGGACAAAGUGUACAAGUUCGUCCAACGAUGCCACAGGUCCUUCAAUUUCCCAUGCAAGCACAAACAAUUCCCGUUCAAGUUCCAAUUAAUGCGAAUGGACAGACGAUUUAUCAGACAGUUCACGUGCCAAUCCAGAAUUUCGGGAAUCAAAUGCCGCAAAUAAUACAGCCUCAAAUGCAGAUUAUUCCACAAUUUACACAGCAAGUUGCUAAUAUUAUAACGCCUUCUGGUCAAAUCCAGCAAGUUCAGUUGGCCAAUCUUCCUUUUCUUCAACAGCCUAAUGCAGCAGGACAGUCAAACUUUGGACAAUUACAAGCACAGCAGCCUCAGCAAGUAAAAGUUGAAGGACAGGAACAACAGCCAAUAACCAUAACGAAUGCACAAGGCCAACCGAUGACUGUAAUACCAGCAUCAGCUUUAAGACCCAAUCAAAAUGCAAAUAUUAUUCAAAUCCCUAAUUUUCCCUCAUCCCAACAAAUACAGCAUAUUCCAGGAAUAGGAAAUGUCCAAGUAAUAUCCGCAAAUGCUCUUAGUGGCGCCAAUUUUAUGGGACAGCCAUUACAAGUUCAACAAAUCCCUCAAUCUCCAAUGAUUCAAAAUCAGAUUCCUCAAAAUAUCCAGCCUGCAACAUCGACUGUAUCUACUCCUACAUCCCAAGCAUCAACGACUCAAACUAUUACAAUUACACCACAAUCAAUAAAGCAGGAUAAUGAGACGACACCUACAAAAUGGAUAGUAAAAUCAGCUGAAUCGGCUCCUGUAUUGAUUCAAGCAUCAUCUGCUUCCGUUUCGACAAGUCAGACACCAACGGUGACAACACAAAGUCAAACGACAUCAAUUAUGCCAACAAUUACGCAUAUUUCUUCUAUUCCAUCAUCCAGUACAAUUCAGCCUGUCACUAAAUCUAUUGUAGCUGCUUCUACAUCGAAUCAAAUUACUAUUCAGCCUGCACCUGUUACAAUUUCAUCGUCAGCAAGUGAAACUAAAACUACGUCCACAAAAAUGUCCACGACAAUUAGUGUAACGCCAGCACCGACACAACAAACUGUAAGUCAAACAUCUGUGAAUGUAAAUAUUAAUGUAAGCAGUGCUGAUGGAUCGGCAUCGCCCGAAGUAAAACCUAGAGUUCGUCGUGUAGCAUGCACUUGUCCGAAUUGUACACAACCUGAUCGAAAUACAGAUAGAAAGAAGCAGCACAUUUGUCAUGUGCCUGGAUGUAAUAAAGUUUAUGGAAAAACGUCGCAUUUGAGGGCACAUUUAAGAUGGCAUACAGGCGAGCGCCCUUUUGUCUGUAAUUGGGUAUUCUGUGGCAAGAGGUUUACGAGAUCUGACGAAUUGCAGAGGCACAGGAGAACGCACACUGGAGAAAAGAGAUUCCAGUGCACAGAAUGCUCAAAGAAAUUCAUGAGAUCUGACCACCUAUCUAAGCACUUGAGGACACAUACAAAGAAUCGUAAAGAUCUUAAAAUUGAAGACAUGAAGAUAAUCCUGGACUCAUCACAGCAACAAGAGUCUAAUGAGCAGCAAUUUGUCAUUAUUCAAUCACAGACGUUAGCUGGUAAAUCAAAACUUGAUUCCGAUGAUGCUGCUGAUGGACAAGAUGAAAUAGUUUAUGUCUUAAAGGAUGAGAAUACUGCCGAACAAUCAAGUGUAAUCCAAUUAGAUUCCAGUUGCGUAAAUCAAGAACAAUUUGUAUGGAUUGCAAAUGAUCAAGCUAAUGAUGGAACUACGCAAGUUCAAGCUGCAAAUACGCUGUAUACGAUUAAGGAACUAAACUAUUCGCAGGACAUAACAAACUCCACGCAAAGUGCAUCAUCUGAUAAUAGCAAUGACUCAAGCGAAGAGAAGAUGACGAUAGAAGAAAAUGACGUGGGCAACUAGCAUCAAGAGAAAUAUUUCAGUUUUGGUCCGUUUUGAUGGUAAGCUGGAAUAUUUUAAAGUAAACACGAAGAAACAAAAUUGCAUUAGAACCGAAUUGUGAUUCAGAGACACACGGUUCAUCACAUAUCAAAAAGUAUUUAAAAAUUGAAGAAAAUAGUCAUUCAAUGAAUGAUGAAUUGAUGGAUGGAAAUGUCGCAAAGGAUAUACAUAUUGUAUAUAGACGAAUUAAUUGUGAAAUAUUGUAAUGUGUGGCUUUAAGGAGUGUUAAAGGAAUGCUUGAAGAACUAGGAGCAUUUAGGUAAUAAGGAUUGCAGAGAUUCACAGCUAUGCUGACUGUCGAUCAACUACUAGAGUGCAUAUUAUGAUGAUCAGAUCUAAGAUAAGUCGUUUUCUGGUUUGGGAUAGUAUUAAGUAGCAACUGGAUGCUACAGAUAAUCAAACGUUAAUUUGAAAUUGUCAUCAAAAAAUAAAUAGAUUUCCUGAAAAACUUACCCAAUUGCCAGUAUCCAUUACACUUUGAUGUCCACACACCGUCGAAUAAUAUUAAUUGUAAUAAUUCGCGUUAAACUUUUUAUCUCAUUGGAGAUUCAUUUUUAUUUGUUAGUCAUUAAGUUCGUAAAUGUUCUCGUCAUUAAAUUUGAUACAAGAAUUGACCGUUGAUUUGUCAACUGAAAAAGAGAGAUGUGCGCAUUAAUUUUUUGCCAAAAAGGAUGCGCUUGAAAAAUUAGGAAAUUUCGUUUCGUUCUUUGUCGUUUUAGCUGAAAUUUUUAGCCAUAAAAACAAAAUUUGUUAAAAUUAAGACGUUUCGGUAACAAAUAAAAUUGAUGUUUCUGUAGUGUGUUAAGGUCCAAUUCUAUAGUUAAUGAUGUAAGUGUGCAUAACAUAAUCUCAUGAUAGUUUAUCUUGUAAAUAGGUUUCUGUAGUCGAUAAGUAAACUUUUUUUUACAUGUAUCAAUGUGUAAUUCACAAAAAUGACG